GGCGCAGUUCGGGCUAAUGGGCGCUCCGGAGGAGGAGGAAGUGGGAGAGUCAAGGAGAGCUGGUGUGACAGCGGAGAGCUCAACAGCUGCCGCUAAAAGCUGCACUUUCUUAUCUCAACGCGUCGGACUCUCAGCUCCGCGGGACUGACCCGAUAACCCCCGACCGAGGAGGACGGCUGCCGUGUGAGGCUCACCUCUCUCAGCCUCCUCCAAUGUUGUAGGUGCUGAAGAGCUCAGCAGACCGGGUGGUGCACGUCACGGAAGGAGGACGCCAUGUCCGACAGCCAGUCAGAGAGCUGCGUGGCCGUUCUGGAGAGACACUUUGAAACAGAACUCCAUAUAUAUGAGCCGGGCGAUAAAGUCAACCAGCCGCAGAGCUCCCCUGCGGCCCAGGCUGAAUCACCCACACCGCAAGCGGAUGCGAAGGACAGCAUUGUGGCGCCCAAGCAGGUGGUUUUGAGCACCCAGAGCCCCGCGGCACUCAAGGUUGGCACCCACCAGCUCAUACCUAAGAAUUUAGCGGUGGGCAGUCGGCCCAAGAACCGACACCACACCACAGUGGUGACGUUCCCACUGGGACUGGAGAAAUCCAGCAGUGGGGUCCGGAAUCGCCACUCAACCCAAGGGCCGGAUUUGUCCUGGGAGGAUUAUGACAGCGAUGGAGACGGCUUUGCCCUGAGGAGGAACCGCAGGAACAAGUCGUACAGAGCGGCAGUCACCAGCCUGGACAUUGAAGCCAUGGCGGCAGGACGGGGGUCUACAGCCACGCUGCAACCCGUUAAGGAGAACAGAGAACCAAGUCCUGGUCCAAGUCGAACCCUUCGACGAAAGCGAACCUUUGGAAGAAAGAGGAACCAGCACCAACGGGGAUCGUUCAAAGAUGCUACGCCGCGCCUCUACCAGGAAAUCCGCGAGCGAGGGCUGCACUCCACCAACCAGGACGAGCUGCUGGACGACUUUGUGGUGGUGGAGCCUCCUGUGGAGGACCAGGGCAUCGUGGUGAAGAGCUACCGGCCGGCACAGCUCACCUGGAGCCAGCUGCCGCAGGUGAAGGACACCGGCAUUUUGACAAUGAUCACACCUCAGGAGAGAAAGAGACAAGAGGCCAUUUUCGAGAUCAUGACCUCGGAGCAUUCGUACCUGCACAGCCUGGGUAUCCUGGUGCGUCACUUCAAGAACAACGAGGCGCUGAGGAAAACGAUGACAGCCACCGAGCACCAUCACCUCUUCUCCAAUAUCUCAGUCAUCCACGAUGUGAGCAAACGGUUUUUUGAGGACCUGGAGCGGCGUCACAACGAGAACCCAGUGAUCCGGGACAUCAGCGACAUCGUUCAGAACCACGCCGCCCACCACUUUGAGCCCUACAUCGUCUACUGCUCCAACGAGACCUUCCAGCAGAGAACGCUGCAGAAGCUGCUGACCAGCAACACGGCAUUCAAAGAGACCCUGAAGCAAAUCGAAGGGAGCAGCGAAUGCGGAGGCCUCCCCAUGCUCUCUUUCCUCAUCCUUCCCAUGCAGAGAGUAACCAGACUGCCACUGCUGCUGGAUACGAUCUGUCAGAAAACCCCGGACAAGACGGCAGAGUACUUUGCGGCCGUUUGGGCGCUGGCUGCCAUCAGCAAGUUGGUGAGUAGCUGUAAUGACGGAGCGCGACGGAUGGAGAGGACGGAGCAGAUGUACACGAUCCAGAAACUGAUGGAUUUUGGUAAAAUCAAGCCGUUCCCGCUGAUUUCCGCCUCUCGGUGGCUGAAGAAGCGCGGCGAACUGGCCAUCUCCGCCGAGGAGCUCAGCAUAUGGAAGGCGUUCAGCAACAGAAGCUACUACCUGUUUCUCUUCAACGACGUGCUGAUCGUCACCAAGAAGAAGAGCGAGGAGAGCUUUGUGGUGUUGGACUACGCUACUCUGGAGAACGUGGAGGUGGAGGUCGGGGAGGAUACAGAACCACGGAUGUCUCCGUCCUCCAAGAACAACUCCAGCUGCUUCUCCUUCAGACUGCUGAUGAGCAAGAACAGCGAGGGGAAGUCGGAGCAAAUCUCCCUGGUGGCCGAGUCCAGGGUGGACAGAGCUCGUUGGAUAGUUGCUCUCACAGCACACAAGCAGACGGGUGUUUCCACUUGUAACGAUGGUCUACCACAGUGCGAGGCCACUAAAGCCUACAUGCCAAAGGAGCUCGAUGAACUGGGCCUGCAGCAGGCCGAGCUCGUCAUCCUCCUUCAGAAAGAGGAAGCGUGGUGCUUUGGGGAGAGAAUGCGAGACGGAGAAAGAGGCUGGUUUCCCGCCAGCUGCGCAACAGAGAUCACCAACCCCGACGCCAUGGAGAGCAACGUGCAGCGUAUGAAGCGCCUGCGCAAAGAGACCAACGUCUGAGUGGCGCCCCCCGGUGUCCGUACCGUCGUCUCAGGAUGGACAAAAUAAUAGAGACACUUUCCAGUAGAUUGCGGGUGCUACGUGGUUUUGACAAGACUGUACUGCUGGUGAAUCGUGAAAUAUUAGCAGUGGUCCUGAAGUCCAUUACUAACUAACAGAGCGGAGGAUGUUUACCAGUGUAGGAAAACCUCAAAAAGGCCAUUAAAGCCCCCCGAACCAUUUUAUGUUGAACCAACAAUGAAAUGUUUUGUAUUGCAGAAAUGUUAUUCCACCUUCACUUUCAUGCAGCCUAAUAAGAAUGGAAAUGAUCAGUAUCAAUCGACUCAUUUCCUGGUUGUUUUAUUCAACUUGUACAGAACUAAUCUGUCAUUUCAUUUUUUUGUAUCAAUGUGAAAUAUUAAUUUACUUUUCCUAACAAUAAUGAACCUAAACCCAGUUGUGAGAGAAUAAAUGUAAUUCUACUGACGCGUACAUAGUGUGAUCAGUUGCACCUAGUAAAACAUACAAGUUUGUUGCCUACACUGUGAGGACCUUGAUCUUGUGCUAUGCUGGUUACGUCUUUUGUGUAUCACAUUGUUACUGUCACUGAUGUUGUGUUGGGAUUCUUUAUCUUAGUGUGAGACCUAGUUGUUUAAACAUUGACCAUUUUAUAGUAGUUUAUGAUGUACUUGUGCCCUCAAUGACAAUGCAACUGUCUACUCUGUACCAGAAAGAAGGCCCCAUCCACGAUGACAGCCUGUAUACUUGAAACAAAAAAAUAUUGAUAAUAAAAACACUACAGACGGUU